CGUGCGCGCGGGCGGCGGAGCCGUGGGGAUGUCGCGUUACGGCCGCUAUGGAGGCGAGACCAAGGUGUACGUGGGUAACCUGGGCACGGGCGCCGGCAAAGGCGAGCUGGAGAGAGCCUUCAGCUACUACGGACCGCUGAGAACCGUGUGGAUAGCCAGGAACCCGCCGGGGUUCGCCUUCGUGGAGUUCGAAGACCCCCGGGAUGCUGAAGAUGCUGUCCGUGGACUCGACGGGAAAGUGAUCUGCGGCUCCAGGGUCCGAGUGGAAGUAUCCACGGGGAUGCCGCGCCGCUCCCGCUACGACCGGCCCCCUGCCCGGCGCCCCUUCGACCCGAACGACAGAUGCUACGAGUGUGGUGAGAAAGGCCACUAUGCCUAUGACUGUCACCGCUAUAGCCGGCGAAGGAGGAGCAGGUCCCGCUCCAGAUCCCGCUCGAGGUCCCGAGGAAGAAGGUAUUCCCGCUCACGCAGUCGCAGCCGUGGUAGGAGGUCCAGGUCAGCUUCCUAUCGUAGGUCCAGGUCCGUGUCUCCUCGUAGGUCCAGGUCUGUGUCUCCCCGCCGCUCCCGGUCGGGUUCCUUGAAGAGAUCAAGGUCUAGAUCGAGAUCCAGAUCUAGAUCCAGAUCUGUUACAUGGCCCCGAAGCAGGUCUAGGUCUCAUGGCAGAUCGAAGUCUGGCUCGCCGGCUAAGAGCCGUUCCAAGUCCCGGUCACCAUCUCCAAAGAGAAGCCGUUCACCAUCAGGAAGCCCUCAACGAAGUGCAAGUCCUGAAAGAAUGGAUUAAAAUUAUGAAGUUAAUCUUUUAGGAAGAAAGUUAUUUUGCUUACAUUAUUAUAAGGGAUUUUGUGGUGUCUUUGUAAAUGUAAGAAUGUAGAUAGAAGAGUAUAUCAACUAAAAUUUGGCAUGAUCUGGGUAUUCUGAGUUAGUCACACCAAUAGACUAGCGCAGGUCUCUUUUUAUUGUUUGAAUUAACCUCCUGUGAUUCGAAAAUGUGGGACUUUUUUAUUGGCACAUUGAAAUAAAACGUGUAUUUUUAACUAAAA